CAUCCCCUUGUUUGGAUCAGAUGUUUUGUUAAACCUAAAUUUUAAUUGUGAUUUUUUUUAAGUAAUUUGUGAUUAAUUUUUGAUGUGAUAGCAGACAUUGAACUGUAAAUUGGAAUUAUUUAAAGUCCACAAUCUUGUAGAUCCAUUCCUGAUUUUGUUUCAUAAUCAAUUUCAUUUGUUUAUCUCCUGUACAGAGUCACUAACUUAUUAUUUAAUCAUUUUUGCAUCUAUCUGUUAAUAUACCAGCAUUCAAAAUGUCAUCUAGAGUGGAUCCAGCCAGAACGUCUAAAGGGGAGAAAAAUCUUGCCAGUCUAUCCAAACAAUACUCUUCUCGGGACCUUCCUUCACACACCAAAUUGAAAUACAGGCAACCUGGACAAAACACUGCAGAGGAUCUUAAAAAUAAAGACUUCAAGCGAGACUUAGAAGAGAGAGAAAAAUUAGCGCUUCUAGAGAAAGAAGGUCGUAAAUCUCAAGGAUCGUCUUCGGGAGUAUCAGCAUCACGUCAUGGUUUACCAGAGCCUAAGAGACUCAAAAUUAUGGCAGCUCCUCAUGAUCCAGAUGCUGAUGAUAAACUAGAUGAUGACGAUGAUGAUGAUGAUGAUGACGAUGAAAGUGAUGAAGAUGAUACUGAAGAAUUGUUAGCAGAAUUAAAUCGCAUUAAGAAGGAAAGGGCUGCUGAAGAAGCGCGAAAAGAAGCUGAAAAAAGGCAACAGGAAGAAAAAAUUCGUAUGGAAAAUAUUUUAAGAGGAAAUCCAUUAUUGAAUUCCAACAAGACUGAAUUUAAAGUGAAAAGAAGAUGGGACGAUGAUGUAGUGUUUAAAAAUUGUGCACGAAACGAAUCAACUAAUAAGAACAAAGAGUUCAUCAAUGAUACGCUAAGAUCAGAAUUUCAUAAAAAAUUUAUGGAGAAAUACAUCAAAUAGAAAUUGCAUUUCUCUCUCCAUUUUCACCAUUAUAUUCCUUACCAAUUUUCAUUGAACCCAACUCAAAGCCAAUUGUAUGAAUAAAGAUCAAUUUGAUAUAAAAAAA